AUGAUAACAACCUACCUUACCACACUAAAAGUCGCCUUCAACCCGUUCCAACCCACAUCCCGAAUCCCGCGGCUCUUCCUCAACCUCCUUUCCCCCCAGGCUCACAAGACAAUUAAAAUCAACGCGACACAAUUCCCACGGGCGUCGACGGACCCAGCGGUUUUAGAGCUAGGCUUUAAAGAUGGCAAGACGGUGAAGUACAGCUGGUCGGCAGAUGCGUUGGAGAAGAGAAAAUCAGAAACGGAACGCAAGAAGGUCAAAUGGGUGGGUUUGCAGGAGAUUGUCGAAGAGGUCGAUAGGCAUGCGAGGGUUUCGGCAAGGAAAGAAGAACUUUCGGGCUGA